AGCUGAUCCCUCAGGGAGCCUCUUGUUCCUUUUAGUCUGCAGUGUUUAUCACAACACUACUUCUCAGGGGAAACUCUCUCAGGAAUCAAACCCUGGUUCACUAUUAUCAACAGAUAGACAUAAAAAUGCUAAAGAAUCAUAUAGAACAAAUAAUGUGUACGAAAUACAUCAAUGUUUUUCUUUUCCUCUUCACACAGGAGAAUGACUCUGCUGCCAUCUUGUGGCGAAGAAGAAAAUCGCACAGCAUGACGAGACGGUUUGUUGUCAUCUCCAUAGCAACAACUCAUUUACCUGUUCUUCAGACAAGAAGUAAGGAACCACGACGAGAACGAGAAAGAAUCGGGUUUUCAUCCCAUCAUGACCUCUUCACCCUUCUCCAGAGAUGCACAGCUGAAGAGUAUGGAGUUGACCAUAAGCAAUGCUGAGAAGUACAUGGGUCAGAUCUGCACGCUGCUCGCUUCUUACACGCGCAAAACGGCUAAACUGAGAGAUAAAGCCGAUGCCCUCGUCCAGCAGCUGCAGGAAUACGCCGGCACCGAAGGGCCUGAGUUCAGAAUCUGCAUGAAGAACUUCUCCGAAGAUUUAGCCAUGGUGCAGGAUUACAGACAGGCCGAAGUUGAGAGGCUGGAAACUCGCGUGGUCUCUCCUUUAAAGGCAUACGGGAAUAUUGUGAAAACUAAACGAGCAGACUUGAAGAGGUUCAGUGCGGAUCGUAACAGGGAGAUAAAAGAGCUGCAGAGAUUGGAAAAGAUCCGGCUGAAGAACCCAGGAGACAGACAGAGCAUCACGCAGGCGGAAACAAACGUGCAGAAAGCAAGCAGCAACGCCAACAGGAGCUCCAGGCAAAUGGAGGAGACCAUCACGGAGUUCCAGAGACAGAAACUGUGUGAUGUAAAGAGGAUCUUCACCGAGUUCAUCAUGGUGGAGAUGCUGUUCCACUCCAAAGCUCUGGAAGUUUAUACACACACCUUCAACAACCUGGAAACUAUGGACAUUGACAAAGAUCUAGAGUUUUUCAGGAAUCAAAUCCAGAUUUCUGCUCCUGUUCUGGAAAACCCUGCUCCUAUCUCUGGUGUUCCUCAGUACCCAAGUCCCGUUCCAUCUCCACUCUACACGCUGACCCACCAGCCGAGCCUCUCUUACCCCACACGCACCACGGGGCAGCUGAAAAAGACUCUAACCAGAACAUUCCGUAGUCAGCAGGAGAUAGACGAGGAGGAGGAAGAGGAGGAAGAAGAGGACGAGGAGGAGGAAGAGGACGAGAGGUACGACUCAGAGGAAGACGUGGAGCAGCCGCAGACUUUCCGCCAAUCCUACGCUGCUCAGUACACCACAACUCUCAGACAGAAAUGAGAAAUAUUCAGAAAUUUGACGUGUGUGUAAAAAAACGUGUAAAAAAAGAGCGUAAUUUGUAGAGUCUGUAAAUGAUCUUUAUUAGAAAAAGAACUUCAAUUCAAUUUAAAAUUUUAUUUGUA